CCCAAUGGGCACAUCACUUUCCCUCGAUUAUACUUUGACUCCCCUAUCAUAUGCCCAUUUGCCCCCAAGUCCCAACCAAACCAGCCUCGCUUUCCUCCGUGCCACCCACAGGAAACCCCAAACCACCACCUUUUCUCAAGUUUCUCCUGAGAAAACUAUCCCCAACUCUCCCAACUGACCCUUAAACUUGUCUCCAAGGAAAAAAAGGCGACCCUUAAACUGGGAAACUGCACCCUACAACUUGCUCAACCACAGUAAAGAAAAACGCUCAAGUUGUGACGCCCAUCGCAGCCUUGUUUGUCCCAGGCGUAUUAAUAUAAGCUCACCUCUCUCUUAAAGGGCCUACCUCUACUGAUCUUUCGUCCUAAACUUCUAACCCCAGCUCAAGCUCUCUCGCGCAAGGAACCCAGAAGAUUUGCUUAGCCAGGAGCGCGUAAUGCCGUACACGGCAUCCCGGUCCCGGCCGUCGCCGGCGCAGCGCAGCCGGGUCGGCGGCGGACGGAAGGGGGCGGCGGCAGCGGUGCCGGAGGAGGUGGCGCGGCACCACGAGCACGCGGCGGGGGCGGGGCAGUGCUGCUCGGCGGUGGUGCAGGAGUCGAUCGCGGCGCCAGUGGAGGCCGUGUGGGCGGUGGUCCGGCGCUUCGACCGGCCGCAGGCGUACAAGCACUUCAUCCGGAGCUGCCGCCUCGUGGACGGCGACGGGGGCGCCGUGGGGUCCGUGCGGGAGGUCCGCGUGGUGUCGGGGCUCCCGGCCACCAGCAGCCGGGAGCGGCUGGAGAUCCUGGACGACGAGCGCCGCGUGCUCAGCUUCCGCGUCGUGGGCGGCGAGCACCGCCUGUCCAACUACCGGUCCGUGACCACCGUGCACCACGCGGAGACGACGGGGAGCACCGUGGUGGUGGAGUCGUACGUGGUGGACGUGCCCGCCGGGAACACCGCCGACGAGACCCGCACCUUCGUCGACACCAUCGUCCGCUGCAACCUCCAGUCGCUCGCGCGCACCGCCGAGCAGCUCGCCGCCGCCGAUUAAGGUCGAUUCGUGUUGCCUUUUAGGGGCGGGCUGCCGUUGGUUGAUUUCCUUCCUGACUUCCUCUCCUUGUGUUUGGCCCGUUUGAACAGCUCGAUCCAUCAGCGUAUUGUUCUAGGAUCAUGGUUCGCCUUUUGCUUUUGCUUUGACUACACAUGGUAGUACAAAACAUUGUGUUGUUGGUGGUGCCUGACAUUGAAUCCUUGUUCAUACACAUGUAUAACUCCUAGCUAAAUCUUUCGACGAAUGCUAAUUACUGCUGCUCGUGUGUUCUUGCAAUGCAUUUUUUCUUCAUUACAUGAGUAGUGACCAAACAUUUUAUCACAGCAAA